UCGUAUUACGGGAGCUGGGAGACAUCUGCUCCGCCACUAACAACGGAGCGCGUCCCCGUGUCUCAGACCUGCGACCGAUCCCUCUCCCAUGGUGCCCUCUCCUCCUGCUGCCCUAGGCUACCCACAAUUGUGAUCUCUCCGUUUAUUUGCGCCGCGAUCAUGAGGAGCCACAUUGCAUGUCCCAUGCUGUAGUUCCCCCCGGACAGAACCCAUUCCCGGCUCCAUCCCUACACCGCGUCCGAGAGGCGAGUAGCGGCGGCGGAGCGAGCGGCAGCCCCGGUGCCAUCGAGCAGCACAUUUCUUUUUGUCUGUGCGCUCCGCAGGCUGCAGGCUGACGGCUUUUUUGGUGGCUUCGCAUCCCCUUCCGCUGCUGGACUAGAUUUUCGUAGGAAAGGACAACGAAGGGCGGAUGAACAACACACAGAUCUCCAUGUCUGCCGUUUGAUUUAAUCUGCGUUUUGUGUCUUUCCGGGAGCUUUUUUGUUUGUUUUUGACACCAUGGAGUCGGUGGAGAAGGAGUGUGGAGCGCUGGGUGGAUUAUUCCAGGCCAUCGUGAACGACAUGAAGAGCUCUUACCCUGUUUGGGAAGACUUCAGUGCCAAGGCCACAAAACUGCACUCUCAACUCAGGACCACAAUUCUGGCAGCAGUGGCCUUUUUAGAUGCCUUUCAGAAGGUGGCGGACUUGGCUACCAACUCAAGAGGUGCCACCAGGGACGUCGGCUCAGCUCUGACUAGGAUGUGCAUGCGACACCGCAGCAUUGAGACAAAAUUACGCCACUUCACCAAUGCUCUUAUGGAAGGCCUGGUUACGCCUCUCCAGGACAGAAUAGAGGAAUGGAAGAAGACAGCCAAUCAACUGGACAAAGACCAUGCCAAAGAAUACAAGAGGUCUCGUCAGGAAAUCAAAAGGAAGUCGCUGGAUACCAUAAAACUCCAGAAAAAAGCAAGAAAAGAGCUUCUAGGCCGGGGUAACUUGCGCCCCCAGCUGGACAGUGCCAUGCAGGACGUGAGUGACAUGUACCUGCUGAUGGAGGAGACGGAGAAGCAGGCGGUGCGCAGAGCCCUGCUGGAGGAGAGGGGGCGUUACUGUACUUUCAUUACCCUGCUGCAGCCUGUGGUGAAUGCAGAGAUAGCCAUGCUGGGAGAAAUAACACAUUUACAGCCAAUUGUUGAUGACCUCACUUUGCUGACUGAAGACCCCCACAAGCUGCCACCCGCCAGUGAGCAGGUCAUCCGGGACCUGAAGGGCUCCGACUACAGCUGGUCCUACCAGACCCCUCCUUCCUCCCCAAGCAGCACAGGCUCCAGGAAGAGCAGCAUGUGCAGCAUUCUCCAGAUGCCCUCUGCAGGCGCCCAUCGGCUCAGCAGCGUCUCCUCCCACGACUCUGGCUUCGUAUCUCAGGACGCCAACACCCACUCCAAGCCUCCGUCACCCAUGCCCUCUGACAUCGCCAGCCAGAAAUCAACAAGCUCAGCCUCCUCAGAGGCUUCAGAAACCUGCCUGUCUGUCAGCGAGUGCAACUCUCCCACGGCGUUUGGCUCAUGCUCAUCCUUCGGUACCUUCCGCCCUGCUUUCUCACACACUGGCACCAUCAGACCUCUGUCUGUCAUACUUCCUGCGUCCCCCACAUUUAACCACUCCCCCGGAUCCAACACCCCCUCACCCACAUCAAAGAUUCCUAGCUGGAAGGACUGGGCCAAAUCCUGCGAGCCAUCACUGGCCAGCACUCUGCAGCGUAGGAGGGAGUCUAUGGAUAAGAUGAGAGAACUGGAGGCUCCGCCCAGUCCACUGGGGUAUUCUGGGAUGCAUCCCGAUGAUCCACACCGAGCAAGAAUGGGCCCAGGAAGCAUUGCAGCCAAGCAUGGUGAGGCGCUCUCUCCGGCAGCCACUAAUCUGGCCAUGGUCCUGACCAGAGGCCUCAGUAUGGAGCAGCAGAAGAGCAGCAGGGACUCUCUGCAGUACUCCAGCGGCUACAGCACCCAGACCAACACCCCAUCCUGCUCCGAGGACACCAUACCCUCCCAAGGUUCGGAUUAUGAAUGCUACUCUCUCAAUGGGGAUGCUGACAGCGAAGGACAGGCAGACUUUGACAAGUCCUCCACCAUCCCACGCCACAGUAACAUCGCUCAGAGCUACCGCCGCAUGAUCCAGACCAAGAGGCCUGCCAGCACCGCAGGUCUGCCUGCAGGUAAGACCCUGCAGGGCACUACAAACGGUGCAGGGGGGAGCAGCUCCGCAGUCAUCACCUCAGGGACGGCCACCAUUCGCCGGACGCCAUCUUCCAAAACUGGGGUGAGACGGACGCCAUCCACAACUGGCCCCAUUCCCAUCCGGCCCCCCAUCGUGCCGGUUAAGACCCCCACAGUGCCAGAUUCCCCGGGCUAUGGCAGCCCGUCACAGUACCAUGCCGGCAGCGAGGAGUUUCUGUACGGUGAUGACCCAACUGCUGGUGACUACAUGAGGGCUUCUCCAAAGCGGAUGAGCCUCCCCGACACAGCCUGGGGCUGUGGAGGAGGGGCGGACAGGACCCUUUACACCCAGCAGGCCCUGGGCAUGGCCGCCCACAGCGCUGAGGAAGACCCUCAGCUCGCUGCCAACCGCCACAGCCUGGUGGAGAAGAUAGGGGAGCUGGCAGCCAGCGCAAACGCCCUCGGUGAGGGGAACUUCUCUUUCCACAGCCCACUGCCAGGGGAUCCGGCUCGGUGUGUGCCGCAGGAGCCGUCCUCCACUACCCAGGAGGACAAGGAUAUGCUGGUGUCUAUACGCCGGGGAGUGAAGCUCCGCAAGUCAGUGACUGAUGACAGGUCGGCUCCCAGGUUCUUUCGGUAGCUGUCGGAGAAGAAGGCUGUGAGGAGGCAGCCGUGGUGCCCUUAUUUACAAACUGAAGCUUUGUAGUGAGAUGAAACAGCACUCAUGUGACACAUAAACUGAGGUACAAGUUAUAAAGAGGAUGUAAUGUGGUAAAUGAAGGCCAGUUCACAGAGUAAAGAGUGGACAACGUUAAGUCAAUUAAUGUCUUGUAUGUAUUGCGUACGUACAAAGUAAUCCAUAUUCUUUUGGUUUUUAUUCUUCUCUUUUGUUAUUGUCUGUGGGCUUUGUGGCUGUGCUCUCUGCUCCCUGUGUGGCUGCUUGUUUCAGCCCAGUUUGUUCCCUAUUGCCCCAGUGAUGAGGAUGUCACUGCUGUAGGGAUCGAAUGCUUUGUGUCUUUGUUUUUCUUGCUCUUAUGAUUAUUAUAAUAUUGUGCAUUUCUUAAUUAACAAAGGCCGCCUGUCAGUAAAAAGUGAUGGGCACAGUGCUCUGUGAGCCUGUUUGUAUGUUGUGUUUCUCAUCAUUACUGUACAAGUACCGUAUUACUGUUUUUGUUUAAUAAGCUGAGCAGCAGCUGUGUAAGUCAUGUAAAAUAGAAGCAAUAUGGCAGUGCUUUUAUUGCUGUACUGUACUGUCAAUAUAUUCUGCAAUUAAACAGGCUUUUUACUGUUAAAUUGCUUGAUUGUCUUUGUCAAAAAGGUAUACAGAAACUAUUUCAUCCAUUGUGCAAACAAUGCAGACAAUUUCUUAGUUUUAGGUAUUCACCAAAUUGUAUUAGAUUACCAAUAUAUGUAAAUCUAUUUUUCAAUUUGUUUUUAUUUUCAUCUCUUUAGAUUUAUGUAACCAUCAUUGUUUAUUAGAAAUGCAUUCCUUCUGAGCUUUCUCUACUUCACAUUUUAUACUGCACUUAAACUUAGUAUGUUAUGAUUUGUGUAGUACUGUAAUCUUUAUUUUCCAGCGGUCUGUGUGCGGUUGUUUUAUCUGAAACCCAAUUCAAUUAGUUUUUCCUGGUAAUUUUCUGCUCAAUUCACUAUAACAUUGCCUGCAGUUGUACUAUUUACAACACUGCACUGAAAACAGAGGGGGGCGCCAGAGCCCCUUCACUGUGGCCGAGCUAAAUGGCGCCAACAGGAAACAGAAAUGGAAGAUAUCAACAUUACGGUCAGUAGAGACAUUUGGCUGGCAGGAGAGAUGAGCGAUACAUGGGAUGAAGAAGAAAGAAAGAAAGACUGUAAGCACGUCUCACAGUUCACAGCCUCCAGAACAAACCACAUUCAUGUUACACCAUGAGCACCAACAAGCUAGCAUAGCCUACUCUUGUUUCAAAAGCACAACAAACAUGGCCAAAACCGCAGGCUACCUCUUCACAUUAAUGACGUCAACUGUGCAAAAAUAAACAUUUUACGUAAACUGUCCCAGAGAUUAUAUUUUUCAACAGUAUAUAGUCCACAUUAUAGGUAGAAGGGGGCAAAGGUGGAAGAAGUACUCA